CCCCGCGGGGCUACGCCGCGUCCCGGGGAGCGCUGCUGGGUCGAGCGCCCGCCUGUCGGCGCGGACUGCCGCGGGGCCCGGCCCGGCGCGCCGGGACCUCUCCGCCGGGGGCGGCCGCCUCCAGCGCGACCCGGGGCGAGGUGGCGGGUCGUCUCCGCCGCGGGCGGGCGCUGGGCUCCGCGGGAGCGAGCGCGGCGGCGGAGGGGGGGGUUGUCCCGCGGAGCUGGGCCGGAGCUUUCAGCCGGGGCGGGAGGCGCGGGGAGGCUCCUGCUCCCGUCCUGCCCGUCACUCUCUCCCGCCGCUGACUCGGUGCGGAGCGGCCGCUGCCUUCGCCUGCGCGGCUGCGGUGGGAGGGGGUGCCCGGGCGGCGACUGCCGGUGCGGGCGCGGGGAGGAGAACGGGAAGGACGGCUCUCCUCGCGGGCGGUGGUGGCGUCUCCAGCCCGGGAGAGGAGCUGGGAGCUGCCGUCGGUGAGAGGAGGCUUAGCGCGGGGGUCCUGCGGGAAGCGGUCGGGUGUUUCCUGAGGGGGACGCGUGCGAACUGCCAGCCCGACCUUGAGCGGGAAGGGUGCGGGUGUCCGCGAAGGUGAAGCGUGCUUUUGGCGCUGGCGGAGCUUUCAACCGCCCACGGGUGUGUGGGAUGGGUUUUAACUAGCGAUCCAGGAGGAGGCUGGAGCCCAAACCUGUCAGUUUGUCACAGAGUACUGGCUGAAUUUCCUUCCGCGUGCUCCUCUAAGGAAGUUGCGGGGGAACCUCAGUGUGGGGAGCGCAAGCUGGAAGCUUGAUACAAACUGGUGAAGUUGUUGUGGUGCCUAAAUAUUCUGCGGUCUUCCAGUACAACCUUUUGCAGCUCCAACGAGUUACCUGUAGUCUUGCCCCUUUAGAUUGAAUAAAGAUGAACUAGCCACUGGACUUUGAAGCUGGUUGCUAUUAAGGUCUUGUCCUCAUCGUAAGCACGAUGAGCAGAUGGAAAACUUUUGUGUUAAUGAUGUCACACUUCAAAGGAGGAAAACUGGCCAUAUAACAACGGGGGUCAGAACGCAUCCUUGUUCUAAUGUCCUCUCCUUGUAUAGCCCUGUAUUACCUGCUGCCGAAUGCGGUGGGAGACUGAAAGACCUGCUGUCUGGACUGUGGUCUCUGAGCUAUGAGCAGGAGCUCACCACGCCUCUGCACAUCACAGCCAGCCGGGGCUACACAGACUGCCUGCGGCUCCUGCUGCUCAGGGGAGCUGCCGUCAACUUUGCACCAGGGGGUAAGACCGCCCUGCAUGAGGCUUGUGCAGCACCCAGUACAGAGUGCGUGCGCCUGCUCCUCAGCUUUGGUGCUGACCCUGAGGCUGUCUCUGAGGAUGGCUACAAGCCCCUGCACCUCUGCAAGAGCCCUGACUCCAUCGAGUGCAUCCAGCAGCUGCUGCAGCAUGGCGCCAGUGUGAACAGUCGGACUGAGGAGGAAGAUGACACAGCACUGCAUAUAGCAGCACGACAUGGCCUAACAGACCACGUCCAGCUGCUUCUGCGCUAUGGCGCAGAGCUGGAGGCAAAGAAUGAGGAGGGGCAGACGCCACUGAAUGCUGCCUGUGCUCAGCCCCACCAACCCCAGGACAUGGACCGUUACUACCAGGUCUGCCAGCUACUGGUGGAAAGUGGUGCUAGCAUCAAUGCUGCAGAUAGGGACCGUCAGUACCCACUUCACCUGGCCUGCAAGAACGCCAAUGCUCAAGUAGCAGAGUUACUGCUGGCCCGGGGUGCAAAUGUCAACAUCAUGAACUACAGCGGCAACACAGCACUGCACAAUAUCCUGCAAGCAACUGCCUACAAGCUGGAGCACCACCCAGAGCUUGUGGUGCGAGCCCUGCUCAACUAUGGUGCCAUCCGCAUCUGGCCUGGCUCCCUCCUCAAGGUGCUGCGGUACUGCCACGCCUGCCCGCGUGUCAUCGAGGCGCUGAUGAACAGCUAUGAUCACGUCCGCAUCUCUGAGGACUGGGUGGAAGCGGUUCCUGCGGAGGUUGUACAGAAAUACCCACGUUUCUACCAGUCACUUUUCUCCCUGGAGCAAAGACCUCGCUCCUUGCAGCACCUGGCUCGCUGCGCACUCAGGACCUUCCUGGAGGGCCGGUUGCUUCUGGUCCUGUCUCAGCUGCACCUGCCAAGUGCCUUGCACCGUUUCCUGCUGCUCAGCUUCGAGGACGUUCUCUACUAAGGGCUGCGGUUCCAGUCCUACUGUGCCUUUCUGUGCAGAUGUUCCAUCCCUGCCAGUGCAGCCUAUGCCUUCUCAGCUAACCCCUUCCCCUCGCACACCUCCUGCCAGGCCAUGUCAGCCUCUGUGCCAAACCUGUCACUGUGUCCUUGUCCCAGCCUUGUGCUCUGUCUCAUGCACUUAUUUUGGAGCAUUCUGUUUACCCGUACUAAUCAGGACAAACUCCAGACUCACUAAGAAAAGCAAGAUAUGGGCAUUAGGGCAUUUUGUGUGACAAAGAGCAAAUACACUGCAUUGAUCGCAGUUUUAGUUGUACGGUAUCAGUCUCCCUAUCCCAAAUCUACAAAGUCUAACCUGAACCAGGCAGCUCUGGGGCCCUGGGCAUUUGUUGGGAUCCUGUCUUUAGUCAUGUUGUUUACAGUUUGUACCCAACGGUGUUUGGAAUAAACCCUAGUCUUUCUCUAUACCUACCAGAGUACAACUUCUGCCUUGCCUUGAAGACUGUCCUGACAGAGCUCAUCCAUGUGACAUGCCAUGCAUAGUGGCACGUACAGUCUCUGACCUACACAUCCAUCUGCCUCUCAGAAGGGAUAGGGAAAUGCGUGGUGGGUGUGGGGCUGAGGCCUCCCAAACAAACACUUCCCAUGCAGGUACAAUGUCCAGGGUUGCCUGGCUUUGCAGCUUGGGACAGGACAGCAGUGCUUGUGCCAGCACUGAGGACUUCGGUGUGGGGUGAGGAAGCAUGCCAUGAGAACGCCGGUCCUCUGGGCACAGAGCAGCCAGCCCCUAUGGCAGCCCAGCCAGCAUCUACCAGAGCACAGUGCAGGUCCACGCACUGCUGCCAGGGCUGCACUGCACUCUAGACAAGGUAAAGGGUAACGUUUGUUCCUGCAAUUUAAAGACACAGUUGUAAAGAAAUCAAAGCACUAACCACCCUUUAAAGAUUUGCAGUAAGCUAAGUCCAUUCCUGUUCUGACUCAAGGAGUGCCUGAACUGCUGCUGGCUGGCAGAAGUUACACUAAGGCAGCACUGCAGGUUGCUCCUCUUGGUGCACUGGUGUUUCAAGGCCUCUGUUAACGUCAACAUCAGCACCAGGACGCUGGAAUGCACAGAUCUGAAGGCUAAGCAGUUUGACAGACCCAACACUUCUGUCUUUUUCUGCCUCUGUUGGGAUACAGGGUGUAGCUCUGCUCCUGUAAUUAUCACCACCUUACACAGCUAGACCAUGCCGCUCUGAGGUAGCAAGCUUGAAAUAACUAUGUGAGGUUCAGCAUGCCAUUCCUAAUGCACUCACACCAGUGAUGCACCACAGCAUGAAUGCUAAUAGGAUACAACAGGAAUAUGUUUACAUGUUACAGGCUUACAAAAGGUGUCAGGAAACCAGUUCUGGCAGCCUGUGUGUGUAGGUACUACUAUUGCAAUAUAGAGAUGGUAUAUCUCAAAAAGGUUUCACAGUGUGCUUUAUGACAUCCAUGGGCAGAGAGGUGAGGUGUUGGCUUGAUGUGACGUAUUGAGCAAACAGGGAUGAAGGGAGCAGGGGAGUCAAAGCUUUUAAAAUACCUGGAUAAUGGCCUGCACUCUUACCACAUAUGAGUAGCGCGUUUCCCCUGAACCAGUGCAGGAACCCAGCCUGAAGUCACCACCUUCCUGCUAGCUGAGCUCUCAUGUCUGUUCAGGGUGAUCUGUUUAUGGGAUCAGGUCCUGUAGUCUUAUUCCCCAAUUCUAAUCACCAUGUUAGAGUGUUCACUUUUAGCCAGAUCAUGUCUGUGACUGGAGGAGGAGCAGAAAAAGGAGGGUCUGUCCCUUUUGGUGGCAGUGCAGUCCAGGAUUGCCUUAGCCUGAAUGGGUAUCUUUGGUAUGAAGGCAGUCUGCAGAGCAGCACAUGUGGAGCUGGUUUAUCAGUCCUCUUUCUUUCCAGCACUGUCCAUAUACCUGCAAUAAUGUAUGUUCAGUAAUGUGUACUCAGCUACUAAGGUAAUAUCACCCGAAGAACAGGGAAGGAUUGAAUUUAAUGCUUUGCUUUAUUUUGGAAUUGUUUCUUGCAGCUGUUAGACUUAAAGCCACGCCUCAGGUCUUGCUGAUUACUUUUGCUAGUUCUGAAGUCUGCUCUGCAUCAUUUGGGUGAUGAGGGCAGCUUGGCUUGAAAGAGGUAAACCUGCAGUGUUUUUUUUCUGCAAACGCAGGAGCGCGCAGUGCCGCUGCACACACGGGCAGGCCAACUCCUGGCACUGCCAAUUCCUCUUUGGACAAAAGUGUCCUGGUGUAGACAGGCACCUGUUGCAAUGAAGGACCCGUGCUGGGACUGCAGGUGAAUUUCCAGGGUUCCUUUCAGAGCUACCUGGUUUCCAGGCAGGGGAUCCCAGCGUAAGUGGGAGGGCGGAGGUCGGGCAGGUGGCUGAGAGGGGCAAGCCAUCCCUGGGCACAAAUCUUCAUCUGUGUUCCCACUGAAAUUAAAAGGGCAUGAUUUCAUUGUGUGUAAGGAAACCACUGAGUAACCAUUUUCAAGGAAUGUGAGGCUAGUACGAAAAGGGGAGUAUCUUUUACAGAUUGACUGAUUUAACUGGGGGAAAAAACCAAACCAAACCAAACCAAACAAAACCCACCAGAAAAGCUUUUGGCCACUCAAGCCUUUUUUCAGAACUGAAACAAUCAGAAAAGUUCAAGCUAAGUGCAGGCUGAGAACAAAUGCUCUGAGUUUAACUCAGUUAUGCUAAUUGAUUAGCAACUGAUUUUUAAAAACAUUUACAAGAACAGAACAGAAUUAAAAAGGUUUGAUGUUCCAGAGCACAUUUUGGCAAUAUAACAAGCUGUGCUACUUUUUCUCAGAUUUCUAAAGGGGAAAUUUCUAAUGCAGCAUUGAAUGUACUUUCUGGGACAGGAGUUAUGCCGGGGAAAUUUAGCUGUCCUGAGUGUGAGGGCUAUGGUCUCAACCGAGGACAGCAAGCAUGUGACAUUAUUAGCACAGGGGCAUGUGGUUCUGAUGUGUUUUUACCAACUGCCACAGGCACAGGCAGCUGCUGAUUCCUACUGUGUCCCAGGUUCACUGGGAAUGUCUCUUGGGCACAUGCUGUUGUUCCUGCUUCAGCAUCCACCUGGGUUUUUUGGCAGAGCAGUCAGCAAGAGACACCCUCAUGACUAGCUGAAGUAAUGCAAGUUCACUGCCAUGUUCUUAGUGCAGCUGCCCAAGUGAUGCGCUCAGGGAAAAAAAAAAUUCAUCCCAUAUCUAGACAGAAGUUUCCAUCCUAUCUGCAACCACCAGGUCUUACUCUGACCCUCUCUGUGCAGUCAAAGCAUUGCCUAUUCCUAGUAUCCUCUUCCUUUAACUGAAAGAUCAACUGCAUCAGUAUCUCCCUGUAGGCUUCCCAGCCUCAAAUAUCUGCCCAACCCUUACUUGAUCUUUCCUGUUCCUCAGUAAAAAGCAUGACAUGCCAUAAUGGGUGGACUAGUAAAUCACAGUAGUACUUAUAGAAGGGUACAAGAACAAAACAAGUAUAGAAAAGCCCUUCCCUUGGAUGUCCAUCCCCACCCCCAAGUUCUGUAAACUGCAUUUCAGGUACUUUUGAGUCAAAAGUGCAUCUUUGUAUUUAGCAGUUGUAGAGAGAUUUUCCAUAAAUUUGACCAGUCACUUUUUGGACCCAUGUAUGUUUGAGCAUUCUGGUAUCCUUGUGGCAAGGAUAACUUAAUUGCACAUUGUGUUGAUCACCUGCUUUUAUUUGUCUUUAUGCUGCCACCUUCUUGGUUCAUUUGAUGCCCUUUAACUCUUGUAUUCUAAGAAUAUGUGGGUAACCAUAGUCUGUUCCUCUCCAUUAUUCAGAACUAUAUAGAUCCCUGUCAUUUCUCUCCUUACUCAGGCUGGAAUUCUAUUCAACUGUGUCAUUCCCUCCAUGGAAGCUGUCACCCAACCCUUAACCACCAGCACAGGCUUUCCCUGUCCCUUUACUGAUCCUAGUGCACCACUUUGAGAUGAAGGGAGUACAACUGUGCACAACAUUCAAAAUAUGGUUGUGCUAUGAUUAUGUAAGAGUUAUUCUUAGCCAUGUGGAUGUGAGAUCUACACUAAUGCCUCAGGAACCUUAGAUUCAUAUUUGACAUUACUUGAUUAUUUACGCAGUCCAGGAGGAGGAUGGCCUUGGCAGCAAUGCCCUCCCAUUCAGCGUGUUUUGUGUUCAGAUGGCAUAUGUUGCAACCUCUAAACUUUUUUCAGACUCAUUACUAUCCAGGAUGCUGUACCUAUUUUAAAAUGAAGCCCAAAUUCUUCUUUCCUAUAUGUUGCACCUUAUAGUUAGAUGUAACAAACCAGGUUUUUCAUGAAUCUGGUGUUUCAAGCAAUCCAGAUUAGGUUGUCUUGCGCAAGUGCCACCUGUUACUUUUACCACCCCAACAAUUCAUUUUUAUCCACCCCAAUAAUUUUACCAGCAAUUGUUUUAUUUUCUCCUUGAUUGCUAAUAACAUAUAGCAUUGAUAUGUGAAUAGAAUACAACUAGAAAUACAUCUGUCAAAUGGCUAUAUAGAAUAAGUCUUCUCAGUUACCCCAUUCUUUCAAAUCUGUUAAUACUGAUCACACUGACUGUAGCAUACAGCUAAUUUUUCUUAUUAGAAUGUCAUGCAGAACUAAGUCAAAUGACUUACAGGAGUCUAAGCAUGCCAUAUCUAUCUAGUUAGCUCUAUAAAACUUGUAGGCUUACAAAAAAAUUACAUAAAAUUAUUUGAAAGUCCCUCUUUCAAAUGACAUUAAUUUGAAUGACAUUAAUUUGGGUUCUAGCUUUUACUAAUUUACUCAGGACAUGCUUGUCGGUGAUUGCUUGGGAUGUAUGUGGAACUAACUGCUUGGUGGUUUCUUGGAUAUCCAUGUAAGCACAUUUAAAUACUGGCAAGACUUUGGAAUUCCCCCCCCCCCCCCCCCCCCCCCCCAGUUAUCUUAAGUUCCCCAAUGUGCCAUGAUUGUUAUAAAGAAAAAAAUCAAUGGUUCAGUGAACUCAUUAGCCAAAUAAAUACUCUUGGAUGUAAUUUAUCAUCCUGCAGAUUAUAAAAUUUGUUACUUCAACAGUUUCUCUCUAGCAUCUUCCUUAAUUACUGAUGGAAUAGAAAGUAUUUCAUUACCACCAUAAAAUCCAAAUAUUAUCAAUUGUUGUUUCAAAUACAGAGCAGAAAUAUUUAUUGAGUUCUUGGUUUUCAUUAUGUAGAACAUACGUUUACACACAGAAACCUGGAGCAGGUGCCCAGUGACUGCAAUUCUUUGGAUUCUCUGCUGCUGGGGCAUCCUGCUCUGGGGUCGACAUUUAAAAAAAAUUGAGAAAUUGGAGAGGGUUCAGAGAAGAGCCAUAAGUGAGUUAUGGAUUGCCAGAGAUUCCUGCCAGUGGGAACUUCGGAGGGGCGGCAGCUGGACACACCGUGGUUGAUCCUGGGAGCCCCAUGUGCAGUUGUAGUUACCAGUUCUUCGGUUCCAGAUUUACAGGGCAGGAAGGGUUGAUAGCGUUCUUCUGCGAAGCACUGUGGGCACAACUCACCCUCCAUCGCCGUGCUGACAUCUAUUGCUGGUCCUCAACUGUGCCUUACCAAGCUUUCCGAGGGGCAGACUGCAGAGUUUAUUCAGCAUUGCCAGUUCUUCUGAGUGGCACUUAGAGGUAAAACUAGAUCCAGUGGCUGGAAAUUGAAGCUGGGCAAACACGUAUUAGAAAUGAGACACAUUUUUAAUAGCAAGGGCAAUUAAUCUACUAGUUAAUUGCAUCUUAGAAUAGCUUAUCAUGGUGCAUGUAGAUUUCUCAUCUCUGGCUUUUUUAAAAAUCACCAGAAGAGCUGCCCUAGCCCAGACCAGAAUUAAUCCUGCAUGGUGCUCAGGCCAAGUCCCAAAGAGAUCAUACUGCUUAAUUACAGAUCUAUGAUCCAUAGUCUUGUCCCUCUUCCACACUGGUCUACCACUAGUCUCUGUCACCACUGGGACUGUGUUUGGCCCCAGGUAAUGAAACAGUUUCAUGUUUCCCGUAACAGCACUGCUCACUUCAUUGAUACUUCAUUGAUGUCUCUGACUUCCUCUUAGUUCCCUUCAUUUUGUAACUGCUGGUUUGUACUGGCUCUAUCAGCUUCCUUGCUCUGAAUUGGCUGCCUGUGCUGGUUUCUGAAAAAGACAUUCUGAAAUAAAUGGUGAUGCUACUUUAUAAUUUUA